AAUAGCAUUUUCAAGGCUUAUACUCAUACCUAAUCCUUAUGAAUGUUUUUCCAUACUGAAAUUCUUUAACUGAAUUUUUCGUUCAUCUUAAUUAUCCUCAUGAACUUGUUAGCUCAUUUUGGACAGCUUGUUGUAUGGCUUAAGUGUGCAUGUCUACUGCAAACUGCAUGCCCUUGUGUUGCUACAUUUGAAGCAGUUACUGGAGUUCGAGAUGACAAAGCAACUGCUCAAGUUAAACUCUUUGGUGAUAAUUUGCAGUUUUUGGAAAAAAAUCUUCCAUUGGAUAACGCUUACAAAUCAAAAGACGUUAUUGCUGCUCCCAUUCGUGUCAUCCAGCUUAUUUAUAAUGCAGGGGAUGUAAAGGGUCCUCAGACUGUUGCCUUCAAUUUACCAAAUGAUGAACGAAUUGUAAAGGACCGAGGGACAUCCAUGGUCAUGCUUAAGAAUGUCUCAAAGGCAAAGUUGAAGCACAUUCUUCAACCGAUAGCUGAUGCAUGUAUCGAAAAGGAACAAAGGGAACCUGUAGAUUUUGAGUCUUUCUUUACUCACACUAUCUGCCAUGAGUGCUGCCAUGGCAUUGGGCCUCAUAUACUACAACACUUCCUGAUGGAGCUGGAAGAACAACACUCGGCUUUGGAAGAAGCAAAAGCAGAUAUGGUUGGUCUUUGGGCUCUGAAGUUUCUAAUUAGCAAGGUCACCUUCAACCUUCCCGGCUUAUGCUUUGGCCCUCCCCUACCAAUCACAAACAGCUGCGCCCCUGUUGCACCGCUUCAGCGUCGUUGCUGCACCGCUUCUGCACCCCUACUGCACCGCUACGCCAUUGCUGCUCUCCUUCUGCAACGUGAAAUUGUGAAAUGGAAGAAUUUCAAAGGUACUCAAGAUUGAUGUGUCUUCAAGAUUGGUUAAGAACAUAUCUCAAAGGUAUUAAGUUGAUUUUUUUUUAUGGUAUAUUUCUUUUGUUCUUUAAUUAAGUUGUUAAUUUUCA